GGUACCUGCCUGCCAACAGGGGUCCCUCCCGAAUCGCGACGAGACAACGCGCAUGGAGAGUAAUCCCCAUCAAGCCAAACGGACCGGGACACCACAGCGGUCGAACAGUCGUCACAAUACCUGUCAACAACGAAUCGAUGAUUCGCUCUCCCUAGACCGCCUCCCCCAAUUAGCUAACUUGCGCACUCCAUCUGUUAUUGAGACAGCAGUGUAUACCUUCCCCGCGAUUGCUAGUCACAUAUAGUCGGCAAGUCCCGCGAUGGGAUUGAGGAGAAGUCAGGAUGCAACAGCGACGAGAUGAAAUCCUAGCGAAGAAGGCUAAGCUCGCGGAGCUCAAAAGACAGAGGGAGCUUCGCGCAAGCCACGCAACGACAAGUCGGCAAAGCGCAGGGAGUCCAGGCGACCUUGUGUCCCCCGUUCCAGGCCGAGCCGAAAACCGCCGCGAUAUCGAGACUUUGAUCAACAGCUUGGUAGGGGAAAGUAGACCCGGGUCUACGAAUGGAGGGGCAGCAUCGCCGGCUCGUAGGGGCAGCCGACCAAAUAGCGUUCUAAGCGCAGGGGAGUUGAGCACUGCAACCUCAGAAUUCGUUACCCCCGCCAACGGUCAGCCAACGCCCACUCCAGUUGUACAGCUUAGCCUGACAACGGCACCGCUUACAACGGUAUACGAGUGCCCGCCUUCACCCGUGAAAGAGGUACAUUCCUACAGCAAGGGGGUGCAGACGGCCGAAGCGUGGACAUCGCCGACUCGACCCCGAGCCCAGUCGCUCUCCGACAACGAGGACAUUCCCCCAGUUACAUCGACGCCUAACAAGAGGCUGAGUAGAAGGCAAAGAGAUCGGGAAGAAGAGUUGCGACAGGACAUCAGAAAGGAAGUGGAGGAAGAGUUGAAGGCUUCACUGGAUUUGCUCAAGGAUGGCGUCAUUCCAAACGAUGCCUCCAACAAAGCAAACUACCCCAUGCGCAAGCUCACCACCGAAGAACUUGAGGCCGUUACAAGUGCACCCGACUUUGCCGAUUUCCUCGAGAAGUCCACCAAGGUCAUUGAGCGAGCACUCGAUCAGGAAUACGAUAUCCUCACCGACUACGCACUACAAGGUCAAGACGUUGACGACGAAGAUGACGAGAGCGGUAACUUCGGUGGCAAGGGUCGCCGUAGGGUGAAGGAAGUGGCACAGUUCUUUGAUGAAAGGUGGUCGAAGAAGCGCAUGAUCAGCAGCAUCGACUUCUCACAUCAUCAUUCCGAGCUGAUGCUGGCCUCGUACACCAAGAAUCCGACUGCGCCGCAUGAGCCAGACGGCCUCGUCCAAGUAUGGAGCUUGGCCCUACGCGAUAGACCAGAAUAUGUUUUCCAUGCGCAGUCCGAUGUUCUUACAGCCAAGUUCUCGCCGUACCACCAGAACCUCAUCAUCGGCGGCACUUACAGCGGUCAGGUGCUCCUAUGGGACAUGAGAGCAAAAUCGGCACCGGUGCAGAAAACGCCCCUUACUGGUUAUGGACACACACAUCCCAUCUACUCAGUCGAUAUUGUCGGUACCCAGAACGCAAACAACAUAAUUUCUACCUCAACGGACGGUGUUGUUUGCGGUUGGAGCAUGGACGUAUUUGCCCAGCCACAGGAGCUGCUGGAGCUCAAAGCCCCACCCGGAUACAAGCUUGACGAUGUCAGCCCGACUUGCUUGGCAUUCCCUCAAACUGACCCAACCUUUUUCCUCGUCGGUAGUGAGGAGGGCACGAUCUUCCCCUGUCACAGAUACGACCGAGCUGGCGCAAAGGCCGGUGUUGAUGCGCGGGUCAGCUACAAGGGUCACACGGCACCUGUUAUGUCAGUGGACUUCCACCCUGCGCGCGGGCCGGUGGAUCUCGGUGACUUAGUCCUCUCAUCGUCACUCGACUGGAGUGUCAGGCUGUGGAAGGUUCGCGCGCCUGCUGCGACUUCAACCGCAGGAGUUGAGCCAACGGUUUCACCGCUCAUCGACUUUGUGCGAGAAGAUGUUGUUUACGAUGCCCAAUGGUCGCCGAUUAAGCCCAGCGUGUUCGCACUUGUCGAUGGUGCAGGAUGGCUUGAGUUAUGGGAUAUCACGGUCGAGACAGAGGAGCCCGUCGCGAGAAUAUCGCCAAGCUCCCGCAAGGAUGGUAGAACCAUGCUGGCUAAGAGCUUGAACAAGGUUGUUUGGGAGCCUUCCGAGGGUAAGCGUCUGGCCACGGGAGGCAUCGAUGGAGUGCUCACCAUCUUUGAGGUCACCUCUGGUCUGGGUGGUAGAGAUGAUCUGAAGGCGGAGGAGUGGACGAACGUGAAGAAGUUGGUCAAUAGAGUUGAGGCUCACGGACUCAAUGGGGCAAUGGUAUAGAAACCAACUUCUUUCUACGUACGCCCCACGUAUAGGGCGGGAGUUACUACUAUUCGAUUUUGUUGGUAAAAGGCGCAUGCUUUGUAUACCCUGAUGCCGUGUUGUUCUUGAGUAUGUCAAUCUUACAUGUCAUACAACCAUUCCUUGCAUCUAGCACCCACGACUUUCCUUCUAUUGUUGGCACAAGCGAGUAUGGUUGUUGGUGGACACCACCAGGCUUGGUGCCCACCCCAGAAAGCUGAAAGCGAUGUGCUUAGUCAUUCGACACAUAAAGGGCAGUAUCGGGGA